AUGUCAUGCAGGGAUGCUGCAACCUUCUUUUCUAUUGUACAGAAAAUCUAUGUGUUUUUGUCAGGAUCCACAGUUCGAUGGAAUGUCUCGAAGAAGCACAUUUGUAGACUUACGGUAAAACCUUUGUCUGAUACCAGAUGGUCUUCAAGAAUAGAUGCUAUUCGUCUGUUUAGAUUCCAGGUUGGAGACAUUUUUUAUGCUCUUUUUGAAAUUUCAAGAGAGAACUCUCACACGGCAAUGGCACAGUCUGAUGCUGAAUCUCUUUCAAAAGAACUGAAUAACUUUAAAUUUCUGUGUCGUAUUGUGUUGUGGUACAACAUCCUAAAUAGAAUAAACUUUGUUAGCAAACUUCUCCAAAGUAGAAGUAUGUAUCUUCCAGAUGUAAUAGACAUUCUGGAAUCCACAACCACUUUUUUGAAGAAUUAUUGUUCUAAUAAAUGGUUUGGAGAUUUAUUGGAAGAGGCGAAAGACCUAUCAUUAGAAAUGGAAGUAGAUCCUGUGUUUCCUCUUUUUGUGCAACAAAUUAAAAAAAAGAGGAUGUUUUGUUAUGAAGCACUGGAUGAUCCAAUUUGUGAUCCUGCAAACAAAUUUAAAAUUGAGUGCUUUUACAGCAUUUUGGAUGUGUGUAUUCAUUCUCUUGAUGAGAGAUUUGAGCAAAUUAAGCACAACAGCAAGCACUUCCAGUUUCUUUAUAAUAUACAUAAAUUUAAAGAUGUACCAAGAGAAGCAGUUAUGGAGUACUGUAUAGACUUGCAGAAUCUUUUGACUAAUGAAAGCUCAGAAGAUACUUAUCUGGAUGGAGCACAACUUUGUGAGGAAAUUACAAUAUUGGCUCCUAUCUUGAGGCCUACAAUGACACCCAAUCAAAUUCUAGCUUAUGCACUUAAAAAUGGCUUUAUUCCCAAUGUGUCUAUUGCACGUCACAUAUUGUUGACAUUGCCGAUAUCUGUUGACUCUGGGGAACGAAGCUUUUCAAAGCUGAAGUUAAUAAAGAAUUAUCUUCGGUCCUCUAUGUCUCAAGAGAGAUUGGUGGGACUUGCAAUGAUUUCCAUUGAAAAUCAAAUUGCAAAAGAGAUUGACUUUAAAACUUUGCUUCAUGAUUUUGUAAAUGCGAAAGCAAGAAUGGUUACGUUUUUGUAG